AUGAGGGACUUAAGGAAAGGUUUGAGAGGACAGAUUGGUUUGGGAUUAGGUGUACUUGAAAGGUUGGUAAGACAUUCUCAAGUUUCUGGUGACCAAUUAGAAAGUAGGGUUUGGGCUAAGGCUCAGACUUCCUGGCCUGGUGAUGACACGAUUUUUGGGAAGAUCAUUCACAAGGAAAUUCCAGCCAGAAUCAUUUAUGUGGAUGACCAGUGUCUCGCUUUCCAUGACAUUUCCCCUCAAGCACCAACACAUUUUCUGGUGAUACCCAAGAAACAUAUAUCCCAGAUUUCUGCAGCAGAAGAUAAUGGUGAAAGUCUUCUUGGACAUUUAAUGAUUGUUGGCAAGAAAUGUGCUGCUGAUCUAGGCCUGAAGAAGGGUUAUCAAAUGGUGGUGAAUGAAGGUUCAGAUUGGGGACAGUCUGUCUACCGUGUUCAUCUCCAUGUUCUUGGAGGUCGGCAGAUGAAUUGGCCUCCUGGUAAAGCAUGUUAUAGGGAUAAUUUUCCCUUCUCUAUUCAGUGAUCAAGUUUGCAAGUUCCAAUAUGCUAAACAAUA